CUGCGGACGGCUGUGCUCUCCAGCCCCUCCGACCCAGGCUGGUGUUGCUAUACGGAUGUUGUGGAGUAUUAGCUGUCCCAGCCUCUCUGACUGUGAUGGCGACCAACAUUGAACAGAUUUUCCGGGACUUCGUUAUGAAUAAAAUAAAAGAAAUAGAGGACGAAAGCCAAGAUAAGAGUUGUACAGGCCAGCUGGAUUCUAAUGAUAGAGAGUCGCUGUCUGACCAAGGGACAGGAAUAAAUAAAGAAGCACCUCCUGUGGAAACAGUUAAUAAAUUGUCAGUUCCAAAUCCUAGCUGCCAGGACAACAGUGCCAAAGAUAAAUUCAAUACUAAACACAAGAAAACUAAAAAGCACAAAAAACACAAAAGCAAAAAGAAGAGGAAGAAGCGCAAGGAGGAGAAGGAGAGCAGCUCAGAGACAGAAUCAGAUGGAGAAACUCAAAGAAGUGUAAAGAAGAAGAAAAGAAAGAAAAAGAAGAAACAGAAAGAAGGAGACAAAUUAAAAAGGUCUGGCUCACGAUCUGAGAGCUCUUCAGUAUCUGAAUCAGAGUCUGAGUAUGAAUUAAAACCUCUCAGUGAAACUGCCAAAUCUUCAACUGGCAAGGUGUUGUCAAAGUCUGAACUCUGUGAUGGGGGUAAUUUCAAGAUUUCUCAAGAACUGCCUGACAUUGUUCCUAAGCUGGACACUGCUGCUGACAAAAACAGAAAAAUUGAAGGAGGCAGUGAAAGAAAAAGAAGCUCUAGUCGCUCUAGGACAUCCAGACAAGAGAGGAGUUUGAGAGCACGGCGCUCCACUUCCAGAUCAAGCAAACGGAAAUCAAGGCGUAGAUCCAGAUCUCAGUCACUCCGACAAUCCCAGAGAUCAAAAUCAAAAUCUCGUUCAAGGAGAAGUCCCAAAAGGAAGUCUCCACAGCAGAGACACAGAAGUAGAUCAAGGUCAAGAUCACAAAGGUACAACAGGCGGUCCAGAUCUCAUUCAGCCAAAAGAAGCAGACAUUCAAGAUCAAGGUCUACACGAAGUAGAUCAAGGUCUUCUGUAAUCUUAAAGAAGAGCAGGAGAUCUCGAUCAAAAUCAAGGUCUGUUUCACGUCACCGCUCCAGGUGUUCAAGGUCUAGGUCUCGACUACAGGCAGGACAUUCUACAUCAAGGUCCCGGUCAAAAUCUAAGACUUUUUCAAAAGAUAACCAAAUUAAGACUGAGAUACAAAAGAACGACAUGGUUCCAGACUUAAAGAACGAGGUUAGCUCUGCAAAAGCUGGAACAAAAAAUAUAGACAAAGAUGGAAGUCAGACACUGGCAGCGAAUUCUGCCAGCACUGUCAAAGAUGGCACUGUUAGUGAUGGCCAAGUUAAGGGAUCAUGGCGACCGGUUCCUUUCUUGGAUAACAGCUCUUCUGUUGUUAUUUCUGGUUCUUCUGAGACCAAGCCUUCAGUGGAGUGCAUUACACCUGAGCUGCCUUUGGAUGUGAAAGAUAUUUCUGAAGAUUCCUCAGAUAGAUCCAAAGAUCUGAGUGAUGUUCUUAGGACUGUGAAGAAAGAAGAAAUUACUAAUGUACAACUUAAAGACACUCAUAUAGUUAAACAUUCCAAAUCAAGAUCGAAGUCCACAUCUCCAGCUUCGCAAAGGCGGUCAAAAUCAGUCUCAAGAAAAAGAUCAAGAUCCAGAUCUUCUAGAAAAAGAAGACAGUCUAGAUCAUCCUCCAAGAGCAGCAAGAAGACAUCCAAGUCAUCUCCUUCAUGUAGGAAAGGAUCUAAAUCCAGAACACGGAAUAGGCAUUCUGAAUCCAGGUCGCCAGAAAGGAAAAAAUCAAAGUCCCACUCGCCAGAUCGAAGGAAGAGGUCUAGGACCCCAGACAGAAGUAGGCGGUCAAGAUCAAGACGUAGAUCACGCUCACGAUCAAGAAGAUCUAGAUCUGGCUCUCGCCGAAGAAGAGGAGGUUUCAGGAGCCGAAUGUUUAGUCAACGUGAUCGGUGGAAGAGAGAACCAAGUCAUUCUCCUGUCCUCAUUUUGCGUAAGAAAAGAUCAACUUCUCGAACUUGUCGUAGCUCCAGCAAGACACCCCCACGCCUUACUGAGCUUGAUAAAGACCAGUUGCUUGAAAUUGCCAAGGCUAAUGCAGCUGCUAUGUGUGCUAAGGCUGGGAUGCCAGUUCCAGAGAGCCUUAGGCCCAAAGCCAUUCUUCAGCUACCUUUACCAACCCCAAAUCCCACUCCUUUAUCCUUACCCCUGCCCUUACCUGUUAAUCUCCCAAUGGGUGUACAAGGGAUGUCAAGCAUGACCAUGAGUGCUGCUAUGGCUAGCAUGACUGCUGCCACUAUGACUGCUGCUUUGUCCAGCAUGGGAGCCCUUGCCGCCAUGCCACAGUUGGCCCCAUUGCCCACAAUCACCAACAAGCCUCCACCUUCAGCCACACCAAAUCUGGCUUCUAUUGAGGAAGCUAAAAGAAAAGUGACAAAGCAAGCAAACAGCUAUACAAUCAAGGAGCUAACAGAAAAAUGCAAAAAGAUUGCAGAGAGUAAAGAGGAGAUGGCCAUUGCAAAACCUCAUGUGUCAGAUGAUGAGGAAGAUGAGAAGCCUUUUGGAGGACUUGCCUUGAAGGAGAAUAAGAGCAUCACUUUCAGUCUCAGUAACCCCUCAGUGAAACCAGCUGUGAGAUCAGAGGCCGCCUUUGCCAAGGAGUUUCCAGUGUCUUCAGGUUCACAGCACCGCAAGAAGGAAGGAGAUGGAGCGUAUGGGGAAUGGGUGCCGGUGGACAAAAAGAAUGACAAGGCAGGGUCUUCAUCAACUUCUGCUGGGGCUGAGGAUCAGAACAAAGAUAAUGACAGUGUUUUUCCUGAGGCACCUUCACAGCCGGUGGACAUCACCCUGGCGGUCAGUGAAAGGGCAGUGGCCCAGAAGAGACUGGCAGAGAACCCAUUUGACAUCAAUGCCAUGUGUAUGCUUAAUCGUGCUCAGGAGCAGGUGGAUGCUUGGGCCCAGUCCAACACAAUCCCAGGUCUCUUCACUGGUUCCACAGGUGCUCAAGUGCUCUCAUCUGAAGAACUGUCCAACAGUGGCCCACAGGCUUGGAUCAAGAAGGACCAAUUCCUUCGUGCUGCACCAGUCUCUGGGGGCAUGGGAGAGUUGCUGAUGAGGAAGAUGGGUUGGCGUGCUGGCGAAGGCCUUGGCAAACACAGGGAAGGCACAGUGGAGCCCAUUGUGAUUGACUUUAAAACUGACCGCAAGGGAUUGGUAGCAGAGGGUGAGAAGACCCAGAAGUCUGGCAACUUGGUGGUGAUGAAGGAUCUUCUAGGGAAACAUCCAGUGUCUGCUUUAAUGGAACUGUGUAAUAAGAAGAAGUGGGCACAGCCAGAGUUUGUCAUGGUGCUGCACACUGGCCCUGACCACCGGAAGAACUUCCUCUUUAAGGUGGUGGUGAAUGGGUGUGAUUACCAGCCCCAGACAGCCAGUCCCAAUAAAAAGCAUGCCAAAGCCAUGGCAGCCACAGUGGCUCUACAGGCGAUGGGUGAGGUAGCAGGGGACGGAGUCCAUUCAGGACCUGUGUUCACAGCAGCCACCAGCACCUGAUAACCACACGUAAAGCAUCUUAAUUGUGGGGAAACCCAUACUGCACCUCAGUCUAAAUCAUUUCUUUAUGGAAUUUGUAGAUAAAGGGGAAGCUGACUGGAUAUGUAAUAUGUAAACUGGGUGUGUAUAUUGCUUCACAUCUUUUUACAGUUUUUAUUUUUUUGGGCUUUCAUUUGGUUGUUUCUGUAAGCAUGGUAGAUCACAAACUUUAACCUAAUAAGCUAAAAUAUGCCCUCGCAACAUGGGCAUAAGAAGACUGAAAAAAAUGAAUACAAUUUUGUAGUAAGCUGGAGGGCAUAGACAAGGUACAUUUUUUCAGUUAGCCACAGAACUUAAGCCAAAAGUGAGAAAUGUACAGAGAGCUAGUCAGCCUUAAGCAUCCAGCUAAGUGAGAAUCCUGUGUGUCUGUUCUUAAAGCCUUUUGUAUUUUGACUGAACUGUUCUUUUAAAUUGCACAUUGUCCCCCUGUUGCUUUUUGAUGUUUUAAGCUUGUGCAUGCAUAAAUACUGGUUAAAGGAUGUGCUCUUUUAUCUUUUCCUUAAACAAAGAUUGCUCUUAUGUCUGAUAUGGUUUGUAUUUUUUGCACAUUAUGUCGUUUGGACUACUCCCAACAUCGCCACUGAAGCACUACUUCCUUUUGAAAGCAUGUUUUGAGUUGCUAACAGAAGAGAGAUUUUAUGUAGUACAAUUAAAUAAAUGGAUGACUUCUCUCUAGAA